GCCUCGAGGAUCAGGCUUCGAGGACUGCAGGCAUGAUAACCAGCAUCUCAGUGCUGCUGUCUCUCCUGGUGCUGGCGCUGGCAUGGUGGGGUUGGGGUGCGCACAGCACUGGAACUCGGGGGGCUCUACCCCCAGGGCCCACACCACUCCCAUUGUUGGGGAACUUGCUGCAGCUGGAAUCCAGACGCAUGGACCGUGUGCUCAUGGAGCUCUCCGGCCGCUGGGGCCCGGUGUUCACGGUGCGGCUGGGCCUGCGCCCUGCAGUGGUGCUGUGCGGCUACGCAGCGCUGCGGGACGCUUUAGUGCUACAGGCGGACACUUUCUCCGGACGCGGGGCCAUGGCAGCUUUCGAACGCUUCACUUCCGGAAACGGCAUAGUGUUUUCUAACGGACCUCGCUGGCUGAAGCUGCGCAAUUUUGCCCUUGGGGCCCUGAAAGCGUUCGGGCUGGGAACCCGGACCAUGGAGGAUCGGGUCCUGGAGGAAGCGGCUUGUCUGCUUGGCGAAUUCCAAGCCACCGCGGGAGCCCUGUUCGACCCCCGGAGGCUACUGGAUAAUGCUGUGUCAAAUGUUAUCUGUUCUGUGGUCUUUGGGAAGCGCUAUGGCUACGGGGACCCAGAAUUCCUGAGGCUCCUGGACCUUUUCAAUGACAACUUCCGCAUCAUGAGUUCCAGAUGGGGCGAGAUGUACAAUAUUUUCCCCUCCCUCCUGGACUGGCUACCCGGCCCGCACCACCGUAUUUUCCGAAACUUCGCGGAGCUGCGGGUCUUCAUUUCUGAGCAAAUCCAGCGGCACCGGCAGACGCGGCAGCCUGGGGAGCCUCGCGAUUUCAUCGAUUGCUUCUUAGACCAAAUGGAUAAGGAACAGCAGGACCCGAAGAGUCAUUUCCAGGAUGAGACGUUGGUAAUGACGACGCACAACCUUUUCUUCGGUGGCACUGAAACCACGAGUACCACCCUGCGCUACGGGCUCCUCAUUCUGCUUAAGUACCCAGAGGUGGCAGCCAAGGUGCAGGCAGAGCUGGACGCAGUGGUAGGUCGGACGCGCGCCCCACGCCUGGAAGACCGCGCGCGCCUGCCCUACACCAACGCCAUGCUGCACGAGAUCCAGCGCUUCAUCAGCGUGCUGCCGCUGGGGCUGCCGCGCGCCCUCACCCGCGACACCCACCUCUGCGGCCACUCUCUCCCCAAGGGCACUUUCGUGAUUCCUCUGCUUAUGUCUGCACACCGAGACCCCACCCAGUUCAAGGACCCGGACUGCUUCAACCCCGCGAACUUCCUGGACGACAAGGGCGAGUUCCAGAGCAACGAUGCCUUCAUGCCCUUUGGCCCAGGAAAGCGGAUGUGCCUGGGUGCGGGCCUGGCCCGCUCCGAGAUCUUCCUGUUCCUCACGGCCGUCCUGCAGAGGUUCUGCCUGCUCCCCGAGGGGAAUCCUGCUCGCAUCGACCUCACCCCGCACUGCACUGGCCUGGGCAACGUCCCCCCAGCCUUCCAGCUCCGCCUGGUGGCCCGCUAAGGUUCGGCGCUGGCUCCGCUGGCUCGGGGAGCUCACAGGCCCUCACUGCCUCACCCUCUUGAGAGCAAUAAAGGUCCUGAAUUG